CAAAAAGAGAAGAAGGAAUAAAGAAGAAAAAAAAAAAAAAACAAAAUCCAUUAAAAAAAUUAAGAAAACAAAUAAUGGAGGGUUUUCGUAUAACAAAUGGGUUGUUUUUUAUAGUGCUAGUGGUUAUGGCCACCGUAGCAGCACACCCGGUACCAAUUGUUGAUAAAGCAAAAGAUGCAGCUACAGCAGUUGGCGAUAAAGCAAAAGAUGCAGCUACGGCAGUUGGCGCUAAAGUAGCUGGAGCAGUACCUGGAGCGGUACCUGGUGGACCAAAAGCAAGUUGCGAUGUUAAAAUAUUAGGAGCCAAAGCAGAUGGGAAAACUGAUGAUUGUGCCGCUUUUUCAAAAGCAUGGACAGAUGUGUGUGCAGCAGGGGGGACACUGGUAGUGCCAAAAGGUGAAUAUUUGGUAGGGAAAUUAGCACUCAAAGGUCCAUGCAAAGGUCCAGUCACUUUGGAAUUGAAUGGCAAUCUAAAGGCUCCAGCUACGGUCGCGGCAAAUGAACCUCAUGCGGGAUGGAUUGAAAUUGACAAUGUUUGUGAUUUCACGUUGAAUGGGAACAAUGCUAUUCUUGAUGGUCAAGGUGCCCUCGCUUGGAAGGUCAAUGACUGCGCCAAAACUGGCAAAUGCAACUCUCUCCCCAUCAACAUCCGAUUAACGGGUCUAACAAACUCGAAAAUUAUGGGCAUUACAUCCACAAACAGCAAACUUUUCCACAUGAACAUCAUCAACUGCAAGAACUUAACUCUUGAGAAUAUUGGCAUUGAUGCACCUGCAGAGAGUCUCAACACCGAUGGUAUCCACAUCGGAAGGUCUAACGGUGUUAACUUGAUAGGGGCAAAGAUUAGAACUGGAGAUGACUGUGUUUCCAUUGGAGAUGGUACCGAAAAUCUCCUUAUUGAGAACGUCGUAUGUGGACCAGGACAUGGUAUUUCCAUUGGAAGUCUUGGAUUGUACCCUAAUGAGCAACCAGUGAGAGGAGUCACCGUGAGGAAAUGCACUAUCAAGAACACUGACAAUGGAGUUCGCAUCAAGACAUGGCCUGGGUCUCCCCCUGGUAUUGCCUCCAACAUUAUUUUCGAAGAUAUCACAAUGGACAAUGUUAGCACCCCCGUUCUCAUCGACCAAGAGUAUUGUCCACAUGGAAAAUGCAAAGCUGGGGUACCAUCUCAAGUAAAAUUGUCGGACGUGACCAUCAAGAACAUUAAGGGCACAUCAGCAACAAAGGUUGCUGUGAAACUAAUGUGCAGCAAAGGAUGCCCUUGCACCAACAUUGCCCUCUCUGACAUCAACUUGGUCCACAAUGGUAAAGAAGGACCAGCUGUCUCGGCCUGUUCUAACAUUAAGCCUGUUAUCACAGGAAAGUUGAUUCCAGAAGCUUGCACUGAAGUCGCUACACCAGGUCCUUAAAUUAUAGUCGCUUGUCCACCAUACAUCCACCCAAUCUGGUGAUCAGUUAGGGUGCGAUGAAGAAGUAUUGCAAUAUUUUGAUGAUACUUUUUUAACGUAUAAAUAAUAUAUAUGGUAUUACUAGAUAAUAGUCCCUUGAUGGUUGGAGUUUAUGCUCUGAAGAGUGGCUCAUGAUUGGAUAAUAAAAUUUUUGUGAUUCAUAAUAUGCGAGUAUUUGAAUUUAUAUUUAAUAAAUAAUAAUAAAUUUUAAAUCUUAA